CUGUUUGCAGCCUUUGCCACAAGAUCCGGCCGUUCUCAGCUCACUCGCUGUCCUACCACAACUGAGACUAUCUCCGUUCUAUCCCCACCUAUACUUGCCACAUCCUCCUUGUAUAUUCCAUAAAAGCGUAUGCUAGGGCCUUGGUUAUGCCCGGAAACAAAGCUGUAUCAUCCCAUUAGCAACACAUACACUUUCCAGCGAAACCCCGCAGUCGGCAGCCACGAUGGAGAUCUCCUGCACCCCUCAAUCGCCUAUUGAUGUCCAGCCCACGAUUGGCAUAAUUGGAAUGGGCGCCAUGGGACGCAUGUACACCAAAUAUCUGGCCGAGGGCGGGUGGAAAAAAAUAUACGUUUGCGAUAUCCCUGCCAAGUAUGAGGAGCUGAAGCGGGCGUACGAAGACAUCCCGGGUGUUACCGUGUUCCCCGACGGGCACCGGGUAUCGAGGGCAUCAGACUUCAUCAUGUACUCGGUCGAAGCAGAGUACAUUGAUAGAGUGGUUGCAGAGUACGGGCCCUCGACGAAGCUCGGGGCGAUUGUUUCCGGCCAGACGUCCGUGAAGGCGCCCGAAAAGGCAGCUUUCGAGAAGCACCUGCCGGAGGAUGUUCAUAUCGUUUCGUGUCAUUCAUUACACGGGCCAACCGUAUCGCCUCAUGGGCAGCCAUUGGUGCUCAUCAAACACCGGGCGCCAGAUUGGGCCCUUACAUUGGUCGAAAAUAUCUUCCGACCACUCAGGUCUCGCUAUGUCUACAUGUCCUACGAGGAACAUGAUCUCGUCACAGCAAAUACACAAGCCGUGACCCACGCCGCAUUCCUCAGCAUGGGCACCGCCUGGGCAAGCGCAAAGUCCUAUCCCUGGGAGGGCGGCCCGUACGUGGGCGGGAUCGAGAACGUGAAGGUGAACAUCAUGCUGCGGAUCUACUCGAACAAGUGGCACGUCUACGCGGGCCUCGCGAUCCUUAACCCCUCCGCGCGCGUGCAGAUCGACCAGUACGCGUCGAGCGCGACGGAGCUCUUCAAGCUGAUGCUCGCGGCGGACGAGCACGCGCUGCGCGCGCGCGUGUACCAGGCGCGCGACACCGUCUUCGGCGCGGACUACGGCGACGAGAGCAAGCAGGCGAACACGCACACGCGCACGCCGAUCCUGCUCUCCGAGGACAUCCUCGACCAGUUCAGCCUCGGGCGCAGCCCGUCGGGCGAGGAGGUGCCGCUGACGCCGUCGACGAGACGCGCGCGCGCGCCCAAGGCGAACUCGCACCUCUCGCUGCUCGCGAUGGUCGACUGCUGGGCGCACCUCGGCAUCCAGCCCUUCCGGCACCUCGAGCUCGCCGCGACGCCGAUCUUCCGAAUGUGGAUCGGCGUCGCGGAGUACCUCUUCCGCUCGCGCGCGCGGCUGGACACGGCGCUGACGGCGGCGCUGUACGACGCGUCGCACCGCUCGGACGACCUCGAGUUCGUCGUCGCCGCGCGCGGGUGGUCGCAGUGCGUGUCCUUUGGCAACUUUGAGCUGUACCGCGAGCGGUUCGCGCAGACGGCGGGGUUCUUCCAAGCGCGGUUCGAGGACGCCACGACGGUCGGCUCGGCGAUGAUCAAGGCGAUCAUGGAGAGCUCGCCUUCGCCUUAGAGCGGUGCCUGUCCGGGUGGGCGUCCCGACGAUCAGGCGCGGGUCAUGGGCUGAUACCGAGGGAGUGGCAGGGCGCUGUAGUAGUAGCGCAGCAGCAAUAAACACAGCAUUUCGCGUGCCUCCACGUUUCUGCCAUGGCAUGCGAAGCACGACGGCAGAGUCGCCUGCUUCUCUUCCCUGAGCGGAUGCAAAACUAAAACCUUGAUGGUGUUCGGAGAUGGGAGCAGAUAACGAGCACAGUAAAUGACGAGCUUGGGGUUCCUGGGAGCC